ACCUCUCCACCAAUCUUUUAACUCAAGAUGUCAAAGAUGAAUGGCAAGAAUGUAUCCGAAAAUCCCGACUCAUCAACCACGAAUCGCCUUCCUACUCCUGGAAAAGCCACCGUGCUAGCGAUUGGCAAGGCUUUCCCGAGCCAACUCGUUCCACAGGAUUGCUUGGUUGAAGGCUUUUUCCGUGACACCAACUGCAUGGAUUCUGCCAUGAAAGCCAAGUUGGAACGUUUGUGUAAAACAACUACAGUGAAAACAAGAUACACAGUGAUGUCGAAGGAAAUCCUUGACAAAUAUCCAGAACUAGCAACAGAAGGCUCAGCAACUAUUUCUCAAAGGCUCAGCAUAGCGAACCAAGCUGUAACCGAGAUGGCAAAAGAAGCUAGUUUAGCAUGUUUCAAACAAUGGGGAAGGCCUGCUGAAGACAUCACUCAUGUCGUCUACGUUUCAUCAAGCGAAAUUCGGCUUCCUGGAGGUGAUCUCUAUCUUGCUAGUGAGCUUGGGCUAAGGAAUGAUGUUAAUCGCGUAAUGCUAUACUUCUUGGGAUGCUAUGGUGGUGUUACUGGCCUUCGAAUCGCUAAAGAUAUCGCAGAAAACAACCCUGGAAGCCGAGUGUUGUUGACCACUUCUGAGACCACCAUUUUAGGUUUUCGACCACCAAACAAGUCGCGUCCAUAUGAUUUAGUUGGAGCGGCUCUUUUUGGAGAUGGGGCUGCCGCCGCUAUUAUUGGGGCAGACCCAAUCUCCAAAGUUGAGUCCCCGUUUAUGGAACUGAGCUACGCGACGCAACAGUUCCUCCCAGGGACUCAUAAUGUGAUAGAUGGUCGGCUUACCGAAGAGGGAAUAAAUUUUAAGCUUGGAAGGGACUUGCCCCAAAAGAUUGAUGAUAACAUUGAAGGGUUUUGCAAGAAAUUGAUGGAGAAAGCCGGUGGUAACUUGGAGGAUUUCAACGAUUUGUUUUGGGCGGUGCACCCAGGUGGUCCGGCUAUAUUGAACCGGUUGGAGACUACAUUGAAGUUGAGAGGGGAGAAGUUGGAUUGUAGUAGGAAGGCUUUGAUGGAUUUUGGGAAUGUGAGUAGUAACACCAUCUUUUAUGUGAUGGAGUAUAUGAGGGAUGAGUUGAGGAAUAAAGAGAAUAGAGAAGAAUGGGGGCUUGCUUUGGCUUUUGGCCCUGGGAUCACUUUUGAAGGCAUUCUUCUCCGUAGCCUCGGUUAAGUUGGUGCAAACAAACAAACGUACCCAUUAAAAUCUCACUGAUACCGAGAGAAACCCCCUUUUAGUAUUCAAGUAUUAUAUAUAUUACAACUUUAUAGUUCUUAACAUAGUAACAACAUGAGAUGCCAGUAUCUUUACAUAAUGUUAUUUGAUGGAAUGUUGAUGAUAAGGUAGAAUACAUAUAUUUAAUGUCAAAUUUCCAAUGGUUCUUCCUAA